UCUCUCUCUCUCUCUCUCUCUGUCUCUGUUUCUCUCUCUCUCUACCACCCCAUUCUACGCUCUGUUUCCUUUCAUUCUUCCAGUCUCUGACGAAACCCGUAAUCCUAGAUGAAUCAGAAUCACAACUACGAGGAGAUCGGCCGGAGCAAGCACUCGACCGUCUACAAAGGGCGGAAGAAGAAGACCAUCGAGUAUUUCGCCAUUAAGCGUCGAUAAGUCGCAGAGGCCCAAAGUUAUCCAGGAAGUAAGGAUCCUUCAUUCUCUGGAUCAUACAAAUGUCCUGAAAUUUUAUGAGUGGUAUGAAACUUCUGCUCACCUAUGGCUGGUUUUAGAAUAUUGCGUUGGUGGAGAUCUUAUGACUCUAUUAAAACAGGAUUGCCGGCUUCCAGAAGAAUCUAUACAUGAUAUUGGUCGUGACCUUGUCUACGCACUGCAGUUCUUGCAUUCAGAAGGUAUAAUUUACUGUGACCUAAAACCGUCAAAUAUCCUACUGGAUGAGAAUGGGCGUGUCAAGUUGUGCGACUUUGGACUGGCAAGAAGACUUAGUGAUAUAUCAAAAUGUUCUCUUUCACAAUUGCCCCAAGCAAAGCGUGGUACGCCUUGUUAUAUGGCACCGGAAUUGUUUCAGGAAGGUGGAGUCCAUUCUUAUGCUUCAGAUCUUUGGGCGCUUGGUUGUGUUUUGUAUGAAUGCUACACUGGAAAACCUCCCUUUGUGGCAGAUGAAUUUACUGCAUUGGUUGAAUCUAUUCUAUCAGACCCAGUGCCAACAUUGCCUGAUAAUCCAUCUAAACCUUUUUGCAAUUUAGUGAACCAUCUCCUGGUAAAGGAUCCAGCUGAACGUAUUCAGUGGUCUGAACUAUGUGGCCAUGGCUUUUGGAGAACAAAGUUCAGGCCUUUGUCUCUUCCUCCUCAGCCUGCUUUCAACAUUAUGGUUGACCAAUCCAGGCAAUCCUGUCUAUCUGAAAGGAAUGUUGACAGACCUCCUUCUCAGAAGGCAUCUCAUUAUCAUGGACCAAAGCAUCGUGAUGGAACUAUUAGACAUGAUGAGAACUCAGUAUCUGCUACAAGGGCAUUUGAAGUUUCACCUAAAUCUCCACCGAACUCCAAAAAGUUGCAGACAAAAGGUUCCAUCAGAGUUGUUGAGAAGCGCAGAGAUGCCUCAACUACAACAAAGGGAGCUAAUAUUCUCAGGCUUUCAAGGAUUGCAAAGAAAAACUUACAAAGAGAAAAUGAUAAUGAAAACUAUAGACGCCCUUUGCCUAAGGCCUCCGAACGUGAUAAUGAUGUGAAAAUAGAAAACAAUGAUAUGGAGCUUGAUUUUGGUGAGCACAACGAUGAGGAAGCACAAGAUAAUUCUGAUGAAAGUGAGAUAUCUUUAGCUAAUUCUCCUCUUCCUAAUGCUCCAAUGCCUUUGCUGCCUCGAGAUAAUGAAAAAGAUGAUGAACUAAGUAAAACUCCUAACAAGACAAGCUUUCCACCCGAUAAUGGGGAAAACCACGAAGAAGAGUCAUGCCCAUUGCCUGCUGAAGUUGCUACCACUACACCAGCCAUAGGUCAGAAAAGAGCUACUCGAAAUGUUUUGGAGAUGCAUAAAAUGGAAGCAGGAGCCACUGAAGGUUCAGAUUCAUCCAGAUCAAUUAAUAAUCUCUCCCAAGUGUUGUGGCAUCCUUCUGACCUUUCUGUCAGGCCAAUAAUGCCUAGUAGGAAAACUGAAAAGGCUCAAGAAGCAAUGCCUCCCCUUCCUUUCAUUGUUAUGCCUGUGACUGACUUUUUAAAAUUAUCUCCAGAGAAGUUGGAUGAACUUCUGUCUCGCAUUGCAACCUGUUUGACUGGAAGUGCUUCUCCUGCAGAAAAACAGAACACAAUUAAGUACCUUGAAAUUUUGAGUGCACAUCCAGAUGCUGCUAACAUCUUAACAAAUAGCUCAAUAAUGCUGGUGCUUGUAAAGAUGCUAAGGCUUUCAAAAGCUUCUGGUCUUCGUGUUCACCUAGUUUCAGUGAUCGGCUUGUUGAUCCGGCACUCGACAUCAAUAGAAGCUGAUUUGGCAUCAUCUGGAAUCAUUAGAGCACUGGCAGAUAGUCUUGGAGAUAAACAGGAGAAGGUGAGAAGAUAUGCCAUGGCUGCUCUAGGUGAACUGGUGUUCUAUAUUGCUACACAAAAUGAAAAUUGUUCAAGGGAUUGUGGUGGUCUUGCUUCUCCAGCAAAGGAUGGUCGAUCUACGCCCAGUUGGCAGGUAUCUGGUCCAGUUUUUGCACUAAUUUCCUCCAUACUGCGAAAAGGAGAAGACGACACCACCCAGCUUUAUGCUCUGAGAACAAUUGAAAAUGUUUGCAGUCAAGGGUCUGAUUGGGCUGCCCGUUUUACUAGUCAGGAAGUGAUAGCCAACCUGUGUUACAUCUUUAAGGCUGUGGGAAAGCAGGAGAGUAUUCGUUUAACUGCUGGAUCUUGUCUGGUACGUCUAGUUCGCUUCAGUCCUCCAAGUAUUCAGUCAGUUCUAGAUAAGUUAUCUUUCAAGGAUAUUACAUCUGGCCUUGCUAAAGAAAAUCCUCGAGAGCAGCAAAUCAGUAUCAAUCUUCUAAACAUGGCGAUGCUAGGAAGCCACAUGUUCUCUAAUAUGGGUAGGCACCUCGUGUCUCUUUCAGAGGACAAACUUCUCGUUCCUGUCCUCAUUUCACUUGUUGAGCAAGGUAGUGAAGUUUUACGUGGCAAAGCGUUCAUUCUUGCUGCUCUUCUCUGUAGAAGCGGCCGUAGGUGGCUGCCUGUGUUCUGUAGUGGAAAGUUACUGUCAAUUGUAGACAGACUAGCUAAAGAAAAAGGCAGCUAUGUACAACAAUGUGUAGAGGCUUUUGUGCAAGUAGUGGCUAGUACGGUGCCUGGAAUACUUGAGACUGUGGCUAGUGACAUACAGCAACAGCAUAAUGGUAAAAGGCAUGGACAAACUGGUAUGGCUGGUCGGACUCAUCCUAAAAUAAAUGUCCAUUUAUUCUCUGUCAUUCUCCAUCUACUUGGAAGUUUUGCUUUCAAAAAGAUGGUUGCGAACAAUCGGGUGCUAGAGCAGCUGGUGGUGUUCUUAAAGCUAGUAGAAUCUUCUGCUUUCCAGGCAAAAGAUGAUUUCCAGAUAACACUGCUGAGAGUUCUCGAAUCGGUAACAAUGGAGGCUUCUACAGUUCUUGAACAUUCUGAGAUCUUCAUCAGCAAAGUUCUUCCAAGCCUUUCUAUUUUAUACAAAGGAAACAAAGAUGGAGAUGCUAGGUUCUUAUGUUUGAAAAUUAUAUUUGAUCUGAUCGUUGUUUUUUUGAAUGAGAUGCCCAGUCUGUCAGAACAUCAAAAUGACCAAACAUGGAAGGAACUGAAGUCAAUUUGUGAGACCCAUUUUCUUCCUCUCUACCCCAUGCUAGUUGAGGAUGAAGACCCAAUUCCUGCUUAUGCGCAGAAGCUUCUGGUCAUGCUUUUAGAAUUUAAUUUCGCGCAAGUGUCAGACAUACUACAUUUGAAGAUGGUUUCUCAGUGCUUUGAAUUUUUACUUAGCGACCUUUCUUGUGCAAAUGUCAACAAUGUAAAGCUGUGUCUAUCUUUGGCCUCUGCUCCUGAAAUGGAAACUAAGAUUCUCUCUGAGUUGACAGUUGUCAGGAGAAUAGGAAAUCUGCUGGAGUUUGUGAAUGCAAAGCAAAUGGAAGACUUUCUUGAACCAACACUUGGUCUUUGCAAGGCCUUCAUUAUGCGGGGGCGUGGUGGCAGGAUAACUAACCAAAUGAAAGAUCUUUCUCUUGUAAAUGAUGCAGCUGCAGCUAUUGGUUCAUUUUAUCAGCAUCAAUGCAUUGGAGAUAUAGCUGACUUCGGUUGCAACAUGAGUGCCUUUCUAGAUCUUAGUGGAAGCAAUGAAGCCAAUAUUGCAGAUUUAGCAUCAGAAUGUGUAAUCCUGCUGCUAAAGGUAGCUGCUCGGGAAGCAACCACUGGCCUACUUACUAGCGCUUCAACUGUGACCACUGUCCUUGAAUCUUGCUGUCUCCGUUGUCAGGGUCCAGAGAUGGGGGUAUAUGGCUUAGUGUUGCAGAGGCUACUACAUGCCCUCAGUUUGGCAUGCCAGGAAUACCGGUCUCAAGCAAUGAUACUCUCCAUAUCAGGAGCAGAGAUCACAAAAAUUGAAACUCUAGCUUCUAAUCUAAGGAGCUCAACAAUACCAUGUAUAGCGGAUGCUGCUUCAGGUGCAUGUUUGGAGCUACGUCGCCUUCCUCGCUGUGCAUGACUUCUACAUGCUGUUUGUUUUUGGCAUAGUGUCUACAGUCAAUCCCACUUCUUAAAUUCAUCUUAUUGAAAAUCCACGAAUUUCUAGUUGCCGUAUUAGAUGCUGGACUGCUGGGGCUGCCCAAAUUAUUGAAUGGCAGAACCUGCAAAAGCUGUUUCGAGUGCUUUAGCCUGCCUGAUUCAGUAAGAUGCCACACUCCAGUGUAUUAUUUGUAUCAGCGUGGCCGAUCAGUUAUGUAUAGCAAUAAUUGUGUACUUUAAGUUUGCUGGAGAACCAAGAGACUGCUAGAUGAGAGUAAUAGUAGUACUGUUGCGAAAUCUAUCUUGUAGAUGUCCUUCAUCAUGGCCUGGAUUUUUGUGAGAUGGUUUCACUUUCAAAUGCACAGCCUUCAAUCCAA